AUGGCAUCGAACUCAUCAACUUGGCUUCGACCACUUGAUCGAAAUGAAACUGCAUGUCUUCAAAAAGGCUACAAACCAAUACGUCUUGUCUAUACUGAACAACCAUUAACUGCACGAAUACUUGUUGAUGGUUCAAAAACAUUACCAAUUGAGGAUUUAAUACGUGAAUUUUUUUCUUUACAUCGUAUGCUUUUAUCCAAAACUUGUCUUGAUGAUAUUGAUAUAUGUCUUCUUCCACAUUGUGAUAUACGUGAAAUAACUUUAAAUCAAUUAACGAAAUUAAAUGGUCAUCAAGAACCUGUUCUUCUUCUAACAGCACGUUCAAACAGUGAAUAUUUACUUGUACGUGAUCUUGAAGAAUUAACAUUUCGACAACAAACUGGUUUAAAUGUUGAUAUUUCUGUUUUAAACCAAAUUAAACAAGAUAAUGAACGUUUACAUGAAGAAAAUCAUCAACAACAAGAACGUAUUCUUGAAUUAGAAAAACAAAUCAAUGAUUUUCUAAUAAUUCGUGAUGAAAUGAAACAAUUAUGUAAAGAAUAUAAAAAAGAUUUAAAGAAAACUCUAGAUAAAAAUAAUGAAUAUUAUAAAAAAUUCGAACGUUUAGAUCAAAAAUUAAAUAAUCCAUUAUCUCAUGAACAAAAUGCUCUUAUUUCAACAAGAUUAAAAAAUGAAUAA